AAAUCCCUUCACACGAACCAUCAAACCGUCAAAAUUCUAGUAAAAUGUUUUCAACCCCUUGAAAAUUCUCCACUAAACCUGAAACCCCCAAAAACCAUGUAUUAAUAAAAACCCAAAAUUGUCUCUAAAAACCGCUGUGCCGAGUCUCCACUGUAAAAAGUAUGUUGAAAAUAAUUUAACCCCCCCUCUUGUGAGUGCCCACCAUGGCCGACCGGACCCCCGGGCAGAGGGGUCGUCGCCCCAUCGACUCGCGGACGGUCACCCGCCCCCGGAAGACGAAGAGUCAACUCUUGCGGGAGGCGAAGAACGUGGCAGUGGUGCUGCCGGAGGCCAAAGCGGCGAAGCCUCGGGCUCGCCAGAGCCUAGCGAAGACGGCCCCGCCGCCGCCGCCCCCUAGACGCGUGAUAUUCGACAAGCCAAAGAUGACGAAAGCGAUGUUGGCGCGCCAGGCGCAGGCGCAGGCAAAGAUCCUGGAGGAUCAGCGGAAGCAGGCGGCCCUGGAGGCGGCCUCCGCUCGUCGACGACCGGGCCCAAGUCGUCGGUCGUCUCCCCGACGACCCGCGGGGCCGCGCCAGGAGCAGAUACAGGCGGCGGCUGCGGAAAUCCUGGAGGAGAGCCGCCACCAGGCGAAAUCGGGGCAUGCUGAGGUGAUUCAGGCGGUGCCUGUGGGCGACGGGGAGAUAGGAACGAUAAUAAUUCCCCCGGGGGUCGUCCACGAGGAGCAGACGACGAUAGUGCAGAUAAUGCCGCCUGAGGAGGCGGAGGCGGAGGGCGCGGCGCCGGCGGAGGCGGCUGCGAGCAUGAACCGCUCGAUUCAGAUGAUCAGCCAGAGCCUGAACGACCAGGACGCCGCGGAGGCUGCGGCUGUCCAGGAGAAGCUCGACGACUUCCAGCAGGCGAGGAGGGACUUCAUCAUGGAACUGGCGAGUGUCACCGCCCCCGGGGUCGACCCCGACCUGGAGAUCCUCGAUGUCGACAGACUGCCGCUGGAGGAGUUCGAACAAGAGAUUCUCCCCUCACCGCGGAGGAGACUCCAGAGGGUCCCCGGCCCUGACGACGAGGUUUUCCACCUGGAGUAUGGACGCGAUCACCCGGCGAUCGUCGCCGCCAGGGAAUUCAGGAAGCGAAAGGAGCAGGAGAGGAGGAUGGAGGACCGCUUCCACAGGGCGGCGCAGGAGGAUGACUUCGACCUCGAGGCCCCGCUUUAUCAGAAUAUUAUGGACGCGGAUAUAUCGUUCGAGGAGGACGAGGAGGGGAUGCCCAUGCCCUGCAAGUCCAGGGUCAAGGCGCCCAUGCCCAGGAUCCAGGGGAGAGCGGGGCUCAGGCCCGAGGCCAUGUACUAUCCGCAUUCCACUAUUAAGAAUGAUAUUGAGGAGCUGGAGAGGUUCUUUAAUAUUGACAAGUAUCCACCCAUCCCCAAGUGCAGACCUCCACCGGGGAGGGAGCAAAUCCAUCGCGAUCUGUGGGAACUCGAGGACCCCUGGUACAAGGAACCCUGCCAACCUGAUGUACCUGAUCUUAUCGAAUUUUCGAGAUAGUUUUUGUG